AUGGUGUUCCAGCUCUAUGUCCCCAAGGUGAAGAAAGACGCCGAAGGACUCAUCUUGAAAGCAAAGGAGCUCGGUUUCGACGCUUUGGCUGUCACAGUUGAUGCCCCGGUAAUCGGGAAGCGGGAUGUGGACGAUCGUUUCAAGGCAUUGCUGGAUUACGAGGCAGGUGUCGUCGCACAGGACAGCGUGACACACCCUCCAUUCCCAGGAGAAGAGGCAGACACACUCCGUGGCCACCACUGCUCUUCCUUUGAGUGGAGUGACAUUCCUUGGAUUCGAGGGCUCUGGGGCGACCGACUGAUCAUCUUGAAAGGCAUCCAAACGUGGGAAGAUGCGCUCGAGGCGAUGAUGUACGGAGUUGAUGGUAUUUACCUGAGCAACCACGGCGGGAGGCAGCUCGACCACGCACCGAGCUCUGUCAGAGUUCUGCGUGAUAUUCGACUUCGUUGCCCCGAUGUGUUCAAAUCCUUCGAUAUCUACGUUGACGGUGGUGUAAUGCGAGGCACAGAUGUAGUCAAGGCCCUCUGCUUGGGUGCGCGAGCGGUGGGUAUCGGGUGCGGGUUUAUGUACGCGCUCAGUGCCUAUGGUACAGAAGGCGUGCUCAAGGCGAUAUCGAUCUUGAGCGACGAGAUACAGACCACCAUGAGAUUGUUGGGAGUGACUGAUCUCAAGCAAUUAAACGAGAGCUACGUAGACCCCAACGACUUGGAGUCUUCGGCUGGGAGUACCCCUCGGCUAAUGGCGUUUAUUACAUGCGCAACAAAUCAAGCUAUGCUCACCUCUUUUGGCGACGCUCUUGAGUCGGCCGGGCUGAAAGUCCUCCGGCAGGGUACAGAGGCUUACAAGGCUCGUGAUGAGUCUUACUUCUCUGUAUCGGCCCAGCUAAGCCCUGGUUUCAUCGUUCAACCAUCGUCAGCUGCAGAGGUUUCUCUGACUGUUACGAAGUUGAAGUCAAUGGGCUGUAACUGGGCUAUUCGCGGCGGUGGUCAUUCAACGUGGGCUGGUGCCUCCAACAUUGCCGAUGGUAUCACUAUUGACAUGGACUUAAUCAAGGAGGUACAAUACUCACCAGAUCUUAAGAUCGCGAGCAUUGGUGCCGGUGCUCUUUGGCGCGAUGUCUACUCCUCGCUUGAGCCAUACGGCGUGACUGCUCCAGGAGGUCGCACCUCUACCGUCGGUGUUGGCGGUUUCCUCACGAGCGGCGGCAACAACUUCUUCAGCACUGAGGUUGGUCUGGGUUGCGACAACGUUGUGAACUUCGAAGUCGUCCUGGCCAGCGGCAAGAUUGUCAACGCCAACAGGGAGACCAACUCUGAUCUGCACAAGGCCCUCAAAGGAGGAUCGAAUAACUUUGGCAUAGUCACCCGCAUCGACAUGCAGACUGUUGAUGUUGUAGAACUCUGGGGCGGUCAGAUUUUCUACCCUCUCAGCACGACAGAGCAACACAUUGCCGCCUACGUGAAGUGGGUUGACAACAUUCCCAACUACACCAAGGGCUCGGCUGUCACAUUCUGGGCUUACUCACCAUCAGCCGGCACCGUCGUGUCAACUGCUGUUCAUGAUACCGCAAACGCUGAGUGGGCCCCAGCUUACGACGAUUUCCGGAACAUCCAACCUCAAACCAUGAAUACGCUCCGCCACGAUAGUCACCUGAAUAUGACGGUUGAACUCGAGGAACCGACUGGGUACCGCCAGGUCUGGUUGACUUUGACGGGCAAGAACGAUACGCGUUUCAUACGUCGCGCUGUCGAAGCCCAAAGCAAAUUCAUCGAGAACUGGAAGAACACCCAACACGCUGAUUUUCUCAACUACACUACUUUCCAAGCCAUGCCAGCUUUGCUCUUCCGUCACUCGGUUGAGAAGGGCGGUAAUGCCAUCGGUAUGGAUCGCGAGAAGUGCAAUGCAAUUCUCUUCCAGAUGCAGCAUAUGGUUCGCUCUGUAGACGCUGAGAAAGAGGCCCGUCGGCAACUCGUCGCUUUGCGAAAGGAGCUGAAGGACUACAGCGUCGCGGAAGGCAUCGAUGUGGAGUGGGAGUACCUGGGAUAUGCGGACAGUACCCAAGAUCCGUUGAGCACUUAUGGCACCGAGAAUAUCAAGUUGCUCAAAGAAGUCGCGGCCGAAUAUGACCCAGAGCAGGUGUUUCAGAAGAGAGUUCCUGGAGGCUUCAAAAUCUCGAAGGUUGCGUGA